CAGCCUGCUUUCAACUACAGCUCUACGAGUCCAAAAAAAAGUCCAGUCAUCCCACUGCUUCACCAUGGCCUUCCGCUACCUUAUCUCCCUGUGCGCCCUGGUUGCCGUUGCCAAUGCCGGUCUCUUGGCCAGCCAUGUGGCCAUUGCCAAUCCGUCGGUGGAUGCCGUGGCCUCCACCCAGCACGAUGUGGUGCGCUCCUUUGCCGGCACUGUUUCGAGCUACUCCAAGGCGGUGGACACCCCGUACUCCAGUGUGAGGAAGAGCGACACCAGGAUCCAGAACAAUGUCUACACUCCGGCCAUUGCCAAGACCACCUAUGCCGCACCGCUGUACACCCAGGCCACUCCCAUUGUGGCCAAGACCUUGGUCCAUGCUCCUGCUCCUGUCGUGGAGAAGACCGUCUAUGCUGCUCCUGCUCCGGUUCUGGCCAAGACCGUCUACUCCGCUCCAGCUCCAGUUUAUGCUGCCCAUGCUCCGGUCUACGCUGCUCCUGCUCCCGUUCUGCACAAGACUGUCUAUGCCGCUCCUGCUCCCGUUGUGGCUAAGACUGUUUAUGCCGCUCCUGCUCCCGUUCUGCACAAGACGGUUUAUGCCGCUCCUGCUCCUGUUGUGGCCAAGACCGUGUACUCCGCUCCAGCUCCAGUCUAUGCCGCUCCAGCUCCAGCUCCAGUCUAUGCCGCUCCCGCUCCCGUUCUGGCCAAGACCGUGUCCUAUGCCGCACCACUGGCCACCACCAACGUGAACCACGGACCCUCGGCCACCACCUACACCCACAAUGCCCCAGCUUUGGGCGUGUCCAGCUAUGGCAGCUCCCAGACGGUUCACUACUCGCCCGCCGAGAGUGUGUCGCACAUGAGCUUCGAUGGAUUCGGAACCCACUGGGGUUUCUAAGUGAGUCUUGGCCUUUUGGUCUAAGCAAUUGUUAAUGUUUGGUGGUCAAUAAA